CUGUGGCGGCCGGCAGUGGUAGAUUUCAAAGUGCAAAGAGUAUCCAAGAUCGUAAAGAACAGACCCGGAUUGCCAGAGCUGAGGUGUUGCGCCAGGCUAAAGCCAAUUUUGAAAAAGAAGAACGGCGUAAAGAACUUAAGUGACUCCGGGGUGAGGAUACCUGUAUGCUACCUGAUGUGAAUGAGCGAAUUGAACAAUUCUCACGUGAAUACCAACAGGCUUACUUGGUGAACAUUCUGUGAAGAAAACAAAGAAAAAAGACAAGCAUUCAAAGAAAGUAAAGAAAGAGAAGAAAAAGAGCAAGAAACAGAAAUAUGAAAAAAACAAUGAUUCAUCUGAUAGUUCAUCAAUCCAGAGAAAUCCCAAAAUUUGAAACUUAAGGGCAAACUGCAAACUUAUUAACUUCAAUGUCAUUUCCUCUGUUCUGGAGAAGCAAAGAUAGCUCUGAAGAUGAGUGGGUUGAGGCUGUUCCUUCCCAGACUCCUGGCAAGGGAAAGUCCUGGAAAGUGAAAGAUGAAAAGUCUGAAAAAGAAGAUGACAAUCAAGUUAUUCAGAGGGAUGAGUGGAUGACUGUUGAUUUUAUGUCUGUUAAAACUGUGUCGUCAUCAUCACUCAAAGCUGAAAAGGGAACUAUAAGGAAAAUAGAACAAGAGAAAACCCAAGCACUUGAACAGUCCAAACUGCUGGAAAGAGAAUUGAAUCCAUUCUGGAAGGAUGGUGGGACAGGUCUUCCACCAGAAGACUGUAGUGUAUCAUCACUUACUAAAGUUUCAGUAGUAGAAGACGGUGGAUUAAGUUGGCUAAGGAAAUCUUAUCAACGAAUGAAGGAACAAGCUGAGAAACAAAAUAGAAAUUUUGAGGACUUUGUAGCUGAAAGAUAUGGGUCAAUGGAAGUAUUUCAGUCGAAAUUAGAAGAAGCUGAAAAAACUGCUUCCAUAAAAGAGGAUCAUAGACGAGAACGGUGGAGGAAACCAACAUAUUCGGAUAAAGCACAAAGUAGUCAAGAAAAUAGAAAAUCAGACUUAGUAAAAUAUCAAGAAAGUUCAAGGGAUAGAUAUGCUACAACAGAUAUUGCAAACAAUAGCAAUAAAGAUAAGUUUACUGGUGAUGAAAAAGAUAAAAGAUCUGUGUCUUUAGAAAGACGUGGAAGAGAAUCCAACCCAAGGCAAAAUCAAGAGCUUUCUUCUCCAGGUAAUUUGAGACAUAAAUUCUUAAGACCCUCUGAUGAUAAAGAACUGUCAUUUCACAGCAAGGGCAGAAAUUUUCAACCAUCUAGUUUACCUUCAGCAUUGGUAGCUCAGGGUUCUUUGUGUUGUGGUUUUCGAAAACCCACUGAGAACUGUGAAGAGAGUUUAACAUCAUGGAGUCAAUCUAAUGGGCGAGAAGGAGACAAGAAACAUUCAAAUCAAAAGCCACUGGAAGCAAGUAGCAGUGUUGAACGCCAACAUAUUCCGGAGGACAUGAGAGAAAAAUCAGAAGAUGAAAGCCUGAGAAAUGACACAAAGUCUACAUUUGCUGGUAGUCCAGAGGAUGAGUCCAUCCACAUCCUGAGUGUUGAUGAGAAGAACAAGUUGGGAGCCAAGAUUAUCAAGGCAGAGAUGAUGGGGAAUAUGGAAUUAGCUGAACAACUUAAAGCUCAACUUGAAAAGGCAAAUAAAUUCAAAGAAACUGUGACACAGAUAUCAUCAAAAAAAUCUGGGAUAGAGAAUGAAGAUCAGCAAGAAGUGAUCCUUGUCAGAACAGAUCAGUCUGGAAGAGUAUGGCCUGUAAACACACCACGAAAACCUCUGGAAUCAAAAGGAGGAAGAAGGAAGAGACAGAUGUUUAUGGGGAAAACAGAUGGAGACUAUUAUACUCUGGAUGACAUGUUUGUCUCCAAAGCAGCCGAGAGAGAAUGUCUUAGUGAAGAGGAAGAGAACCAGAGGAAAAAAGCUAUUGCUGAGCAUCAGAGUCUUGUUGCACAAAUGGAAAAAUGUCUGUACUGUUUUGACAGCUCUCAAUUUCCCAAGCACCUUAUUGUUGCAGUAGGUGUUAAGGUUUACUUAUGUUUACCCAACUUCCGAUCUCUUACUGAGGGGCACUGCCUGAUAGUACCUUUGCAGCACCACAGAGCAGCUACCUUACUGGAUGAAGACAUCUGGGAGGAAAUUCAGAUGUUCAGAAAAUCAUUGGUAAAGAUGUUUGAAGUUAAGGGAUUGGACUGCAUCUUUUUAGAGACUAAUAUGAGCAUGAAGAAACAGUAUCACAUGGUUUAUGACUGCAUUCCUCUUCCAAAGGAAGUUGGUGAUAUGGCUCCCAUCUAUUUUAAGGUGCCCAGAGGCUUACCUUACUUCUCUGUGGACUUUGGCCUUCAAGGAGGGUUUGCCCAUGUUAUUGAAGAUCAACACAAAUUCCCUCAUUACUUUGGAAAGGAAAUAAUUGGUGGAAUGCUGGAUAUAGAACCAAGACUUUGGAGGAAAGGAAUCCGAGAAAGCUUUGAAGAUCAGAGAAAGAAAGCACUGCAGUUUGCUCAGUGGUGGAAACCAUAUGACUUCACCAAAAGUAAAAAAUGUUGAAGUGUACGUUUCCUUUUUACUAUCCUCUUCAGGUCCCAUUCAAUUUUAUUUCCAUUGCAUCUGCAUAAACAACUGACCCUUAGGUCACAGGUAAAGAGAGUCACGGCAGCAAACUCCUCUGGGUAUCUGACAACCAUGCAUCAUUUUUUUCCUCCCCACCUGUUCCUGUGGACUUCAUUUUAGUGACCAUGGAGUAAGGGCAGAUAUGUUGGAUGACAUGCUCACAUUCCUGUUCUGUACUUACUUCCUGGUGUUCAAAACUAGACAGUUUAUUUAGAGAAAGCUUUUCUGAAGGGAUAUCUAGGAAGCAUAGCAAAUCUUUUGUUCAGAGGGAAGUGGGUCUACUUCGAGGUUAAGUCUAUUGCCUAGCUUCUUUUACAGUUUUUAGAAUAAGACUAAGUGAGAUUUCUUUCAAUAGGAUUUUGUAGAAGAGAUCUUAAUUUUCUACCACUAGCAUAUAGUAUGACUACUAUACCUUUUGUUA